AUGACAUGAUCUCCAACGCUGCGGCCGUUGCUACAAGAGAAACUGGUGUGUUCAGGGUUUGAUGUCAAGGGUUUCAGUAUUGCUAGGAAAGGAAUCCAAUGCUACCUGGUGCACAACUGAGUCCCGAAACGAUUUUCUUCAUCGUCUUCUUUUUCUUCUUUUUUAUUGGAAAAGCAGCUGAGAGACAGGAGUUAAACCAGGGGUGCCAAAGGACAAGACGACUGGGGUACAUCUCUGAGAUGCCACAUUUCCUCACAUGUAUUUCCAGAGGUUCUGUCAAGUGGUUUUCCUGCUGGCUCUGCGUGGUGCUGCCAGGAUGGGUUACAAUCUUAACACCAACAGCAAAGUGUUCCUGUUCAGUCCCGGCUGGUUCUGGGGGAAGCUGCAAAGGGUCCCCAGCCCCCCGUCCAGGACCAGCCUGCUGAUCUCCCGCUGCUGUGUGUACUUGCUGACCGCCACUCUCUACACCCUCGCUGCCAUGCUCUCAGAGUUCCUCAAACGCCUCUUCAUCACACAGUACCGAUACACCUACCCAGCGCCCCUCGUCCUUGCACAGGUGCUGUUGACUCUGCUGGUCCUGCAGACCCUCCGGUGCCUGGGCUGUGUCCCGUUACGUUCCUACUCCCUACGGCUGGGAGAGCUGCUCCUGGUGCCCUCGCUCUGCUCCAGCUUCCACACUGUGCUGGGACUAUGGGCCGUUGGCAGUGCCCCCUCCGGCCUCUUCGACCUUACCCAGCGCCUCGUGCCCAUCGCCUGCCUGGCCUGGAUGCGUGGCCUCGGCACGCAGCACCCACCCUCUCUCAGAGCGAGCCUCCUUGUCACUGCCAUCAGCCUCAGUUCGAUCCUCCCAGGUAUCCAGAGCACCCACUCGGAGGACUCUCUGGUCUACCUGUACGCUCCUCUGAGCCUGUUCCUGGAGAGCCUGUACCUGUGCUGGCUGCAGAAGGUCUGGGAGCGGCUUCCAUCUGGGAUUGGGAACGUUUCCAUGCUGGAUAUCCACUACACAGUCACAGUCAACAGCAGUCUGGUGCUGGGCUUCUUCUGCCUGCUCCAGCUGGACUCCCCCCAGGCUCUGAUCCAGGGCAGCUGGCACAGCCUCCUCUUCCUAGGCUACUUCGCUGGGUUGCUGGCCCUGGGCUCCAUCAUGAGGCUCCUGCUCUGUGUGAUGGUUCUCCGCAGCUCAGCAGUGACUGCUGCUGUUAUGGAAGUGGUCAAAGAGAACUUGGUGACCCUCAAGAGUCUGGUCCAGUGCAGCCUGGGGUCCACCUCCUCGCCAGUACUGACUAGCUUCUUCAUCAGCACCAGUGGCUUACUAGUUUACUGUUACCACUUGGUGCUGAAGCAAGCACACCUUGUUUAACCAUCACUACCUCUAGUCGUCUCUACUGAAGAUUUACAACACCUCAAUGCUUAAAGAUCCACCUACAGCACGGCCAUCAGUGUCAGAAAUAAAUCUAUUUACUUUUCUGAAUGUCAGUUACUGUUAAAAUGGUUGCAGCUGCUGUACAAACACAUACCAUUAUUAUUCUGCACAAAACCUGCAGCUGGAAAGAGUUAAGCCAGUGAUAUACAUUUUUUUGACACAUGCUUUUAGAGUUUGAAGUUUUCGGUUUUCAGUGAUACUAACCAAAAAAACACCCCCAAAGACCUAUUUAGAAAAUUCAGUUAUUUUGUUUUGGCAAUAUAUUUAAAAUCAUGCACCACUCUCUUCCUACAUAAAUGAAAUUGCAUUUCAGGCAGGCAGUGUGCAAAGACACUACUACUGAACAUUCAUCAAUUUUGUGGAACUAUGUCAUACACUAGGAACAUCAAUGCAUCAUUUGCUUAUCAAUGGGCUUAAUUACCACAAACCCACACAAACCAGCAACAUGGCAUUGCCAGUUAACUUUUUAUGGUGUUAUAGUUUUAUUCAGUGAUGAAUCAAAACAAGUUAUCGUAUAUAUAAAACUGCUGUUGUUAGGCUACUACUAACGCAUAUUAAAAUUUCUUGCGCACGACUGCCUAAUUAUUAUUAUGGUUAACAUUAUUAUUAUAGCUACAGUACAUAAAU